AUGGUUCGUGUGUUCCUGAUAGAGCCUGUGGUUGGUGUCUAUGCCUUCUCCAUGUUCAUGCUGUACCCCCUGAUCCAGCAGUACAUCUACAGGAGACUGUGGCAGCAGCUCACCGGCAGCCCCUACCCUGCAGAGCUAAACUACACCCACUGCUCUGACAGGAGCACCAACAUCAGCUCCAUUCACCAGGAGAUCCAGAAGGAGGCAUCUCUGUUCCUCCUCUACAGCGAGUUAUGUUUCCUCUUCCCCAGUCUCCUCUCCUCCCUACUCCUGGUCUCCUACAGCGACCACUGCGGCAGGAAGGUAGCUCUGGUGCCCCCCCUGGUGGGCGAGCUGUUCUUUGCUCUGUGCUAUGCAACCGUGUCUCACCUCUCCCUCAGCCUGGGUUACCUGCUAGGGGCCUCGUUCCUGGCCGGGGUACUGGGGGGGCCCACUGCUUUACUGGGGGGAAGUUUUGCCUAUAUAGCUGACCUGUGUGAGGAGGAGGGGGUGGAGGGGGAUGGGGGUGGGGGUAAGUAUACGUGUGAGGAAGUGUCUAAGCUGGGUGGUAUGUCCAUCUUCAUCCUGUAUGAGCUGAAUGCUCCUCUGUGUUGGAGUGAGGUGUUGGUGGGCUACGGUUCAGCCCUGUCUACACUCAUCUACCUGGGGAGCUUUGCAGGGGUCUCCCUGCUGUCACGCUGUCUCCGGGACGGGUACAUAGUACUACUGGGGCUGCUGUCUGUCGCUGCAGGACUACUGACGGCUGCCUUCGCCAAGAACACACUUCUCAUGUUCCUAGUGCGGCUGCCUCUCCUUCUCUCCAUCAUGCCUGCUCCUGUUCUGAGGUCCAUGAUGUCCAAGAUAGUACUCAGCUCUGAACAGGGUGCUGUGUUUGCGUGUGUAGCGUUCGUGGAGAUGCUGAGUAUAGGUGUUGGGUUCACCGUGUUCAGCAGUACCUACGCCUCCACCGUCUCCUGGUUCCCUGGAUUCAGCUUCCUGCUGGCUUCAGCCAUCGCACUCAUACCGGCUGCUCUGAUUGGGGUGGUAAUGUGUCUGCGUCUGGACAAGGAUGAAGAGGCCAGUCGACUAACAGCUGAUGAUGAGGAAGAGGAGGAAGAGGAGAUUGAGAGCUGUGGACAGUCACUAGAGCUACCACACUGGAACAGCAGCUAGUUUCUAUCUCUC